CAGCGAAGGAAAACAGCUAAAUAAAGAGCGAUUUCUGUUGCAUUAAUGUAUAAAACUAGUUAAACCGGAGGCUCGCCCCGGCGUCGAAAAUCGUAAACAGGUGUAUAUAUUAUGUCGUUCGACCUCGCUGUUGAAUACGAUUAGUUCGUCGUGACUUGCGUCGCGAUCAAGUCGACUCGAUAGAGACAAUCUCUCGUAACAGCUAUAAUUAUGAAAUCCUUCGUCAAUUAUUCGGCAGAUUGUGAUUUUCCGAUCGAGAAUUUGCCAUACGGAAUAUUCUCUACGAAAAACAAGUCAGAAAAAAGAAUAGGAGUAGCAAUCGGUGAUGAAAUUUUGGAUUUGGGUGCUAUCGCACAUUAUUUCGAUGGACCACUGUUAAAAAAUAAACAGGAUGUAUUCCGCCGUGAUUGCCUGAAUGAUUUCAUGUCUCUCGGACGACCAGCAUGGCUAGAAACAAGAUUAAAACUUCAAGAACUGCUCUCCGCCAACAAUCAUACCUUGCAAGAUCAGGAAGUCCGUUCAAAAAUUUUUGUUGCACAGAAAGAUGCAAUAAUGCACUUGCCAGCAAAGAUUGGCGAUUAUACAGAUUUUUAUUCGUCUCUCAAUCACGCCACAAAUGUCGGCAUCAUGUUUCGUGGCAAAGAAAAUCCGCUGCUGCCGAAUUGGAAAUAUUUGCCGGUCGGUUAUCACGGAAGAGCAAGCUCCGUCGUUGUGUCAGGUACACCUAUAAAACGACCCUAUGGUCAGACACUACCAGUCGAAGAUGCAGCACCAUAUUUCGGUCCCUGUAAAUUAAUGGAUUUUGAACUCGAAGUUGCUUUCUUUGUUGGUGGACCACCUACGAAUCUCGGUGAUACCGUUCCAGCUUCGAAGGCUUACGAUCACAUCUUUGGAAUGGUCCUGAUGAAUGACUGGAGUGCACGAGAUAUCCAAAAGUGGGAAUAUGUGCCGUUGGGACCAUUUGGCGCAAAGAAUUUGGGAACUACGAUAUCUCCGUGGAUAGUUACGAUGGAAGCUCUAGAGCCCUUCAAGGUACCUAAUAUGACUCAAGAUCCCGCACCAUUUCCAUAUUUACAGCAUGACGAAUCCUGUAAUUACGACAUUAAAUUGGAAGUUGAUAUUAAAUCUCCAAGUGGUGUAGUCACAACUGUGUGUAAAAGCAAUUUCAAAUACAUGUACUGGACUCCGCGACAACAACUGGCUCAUCAUACUGUUACAGGAUGUAACAUUAAUCCUGGUGAUUUAAUGGGCUCUGGCACCAUAAGUGGAGAAACUUCAGACUCUUAUGGUUCUAUGCUAGAAUUAUGUUGGAAAGGCACACGUCCUAUUACAUUAAAAGAUGGUACCGUAAGAAAAUUCCUUCAAGAUGGCGAUGAAGUAAUAAUGCAUGGUCGCUGUGUCGGUGAUGGUUAUAAGAUCGGUUUUGGAUCGUGUGCGGGUAAAUUGUUACCGCCUACAUCCAGUAAAUAAUAUAUCAAAUAAGAUGAAGUUCUUGCAUUUACAAUUUAU